AUGCAUAUUGUGGAAACAGCUGGUACAGGAACAAUAGGAAAGAAUACUUGCUGGAAAACAGCGACAGAUAUUGGUAUGGCGAAUUUAAUGAAAACUCAGCUGGAGCAAUUCUUUUCACAUAUAGAAAGUCCAGCUACUAUUAAUAUAUCACGCUCCAAUAAUUUGUUCAAGAUUUUAGGGGACGCUUUUUCAAUUUCAUCUAUAAUUCGGUUUAUAUCUCAUAUUCGAAUCACGGAAGAGGAUCUUGACAUUACAUUAUCAACUUUACGACUCACCGCAAAAAUUGGAAAGUUAAAACCAACCAGGAUAAAAAAAGAUAUUAAAUAUGAAACGGAUUUUAUAAUACGUAAACUUCAGAACGAAGUCAAUGUUUUGAAGAAGGAACUGAUGUUGAACAAUUUGAUUUUAAAUCAAGAAGCGCUAAUGAAUAUUUCCAAGUCUCGGCUGGAACAAAUUAACCGCAGUAUUUUGAAUUUUUUAAACGACAAGAUUUCGGACUUCACGCUGUUUAGUAUGUCCCAGGCCCAAGUAUUGUUAAAGUGUAUCAAGGAUUUAUAUAACAGAUUAACCGCCAAGGAAGUUGAAGUUGAAAAAUUAAAAGAGACGUAUGAAAAUUUAAUCAAAAUCGUGCCGGAAGUUACUUCAUCAGCAAUUUUACCCAAGCUCUAUUAUCUACCGAUGAAAUCAAUGACCGGACACAAAUUAAGAGUCCUUUCGUAA